CCUGUGUCCUUCAUCAGUCAAGUUCGAUUAUUGCUACGAACAGGCCACUGGAAGGAAGUCUGUCCAAGACAUUCUGACAAGUGUCUACUAAUAGUGCGUGUCCCGUAUCAUCAGCCCGCAACAACGCCGAAAACCAUUGCAAUGCGCUUCUUUGUGGUAAUAGCCGCCUGUCUGGCCGUCGCGUCGGCCGAUAUCGGGCUCGACCUGCGUCAGGGAGCAUCGGCCGGAAGCAGCAGCUACGCCGGUAGCCAAGGCGCAGUGAGCAUCGAUUACGCACCCGCCCUUUUCGAGGACUCCGUCGUCGGUGGAGCUGCAUCCGGUGCCAGUGCCCGCUCGUUCGGUGGAGCCAGCUCGUUCGGUGGAGCCGGCUCGUACGGCGGCGCUUCCUCCGGAGCGUCCAGCGGCGCUUACGCAGGCGCUGCCAGCGGUGCACAGUACAAUGCCGGCUACCAGGCGGGACUUCGUGACGGUGCUUCUGCGUCUGCCGGUUCGUCUGCAUCGGCCGGAUCAUUCGGUGGAGCCGGAACCCGUUUCGGUUCGAUUGCUGGAUCUAACGCUAACGGCUUCGUCGGUAGCGGCAGCUCGGCCGGAUCUAGCAGCUUCGGCGGUAGCGGCGCGUUCGGCUCGGCUUCGGCCGGUGCAUCCGCCUUUGCCCAGGCCAAGACGGAGGUGCGCUAUGCUGCCCCGGUGGUCCUGAAGAACUUCUACUACCAUGUCGCGCCGGAGGAGCCGCAGGCCGAGGCCGGAGCCAAAACGCUCACCAUCACGCCCCGCAAGCACUACAAGGUCAUCUUCAUCAAGGCCCCGUCUGCCAGCGCCAACGCCGGUGCAUCGUCCCAGGCCGCCAGCCAAACCGAAGAGAAGACGCUCGUCUACGUGCUCGUCAACAAGCCCGCCAAGGCACAGGCCACUAGCGAGGCCGAGGCAAGCUCGUUCACCUCUGGCAAGCCGGAGGUGUACUUCAUCAAGUACCAGGGUGCUCAGGCUCAGGCUCAGGCUGGCGCUAUUGCUGGAGCAGUUGGUGGACAGGCUGGAUCGUUUGCCGACGCUCAGUCCAACGCUGGUGUUUCAUACGAUGCCGGUUUCGGUGGUGCCUCUGGUUUCGGUGGUGCCUCUGGUUUCGGUGGUGCCUCUGGAUUCGGUGCUGGUGCCGGUUCGUCUUCAUUCGCGAAUUCCGCUUCAUCGGCCAAUGUUGGCACUGACUUUGUUGACUUCGGUGCACGUAGCGGUGUGUCGGUUGGCUCGGUCGGAAGCAGCGGAUACAACGCCGGCUACACUGCCGGCUAUACCGCGGCCGCUACCGGUGGACUGGCAGUUACGCCCUCGUACGACUCCGUGGCCGUCGGUGCUAAUGCUGGCGCUGGUAGCAGUAUCGUGUAUUAAACCCACGACCCCCGGCCCCAGAUCGCACCCGAGAACUAACCGAGCCCAAAGCGUCUGUGUUCAGCCUCAGCCGGACUAGCCUUCAGCGGCAGUAACGGUGCAGCUGCGCAGCUGCAUUGCUCAACGCAACCGAAUAGCAACAUUGGAAAACGGACGAACACGAAUCGGGCAGAUUGGAUUCAGCACGCAUGAGUCGAACUGACGACUGCGCCAUGUAACUAGUACCUUUAACGUAGCAUUCUUCCCUGCCCCAGCAUUCCUUUGCCUCUUCCUCUCAGUCAUCGGACUGUUCCUCUUGCAUUUCUACUUUAAACGUAAGCAACGUAAGAUAGGUUUAUUUUUCCCUCGAGCACCGUCGAACGAUAAACACGUGAGUGACAGUAACGAACUAGCAGAAUGGCGAAUUUUGUGCGAACGUAUAGUGAGAAGAAGCCAGCAAUUGUAUCUUAAGAAAAGUGUAUUCAAACACGUACACACACACACGCACGCACACGUUUAUAUACAUACACAUAUACGUAGACGUUUGAUGACAAACGUCGGUAAUAACAAACAAAAAAUGGAAUGAAAUGAUAAGAAUAAAAAUCGAUCGUCAAAAUGAAA